CACUCAGAAGCCUUUUCGGAACGAUACACAAUGUUUUGGACAGGAUAGUCUCCGUGUCAUAGUAUCUUAGUCGCCCGAGAUGUGGUCAGGACUCUUCAUGUUGCUCGUCUUGAGCACCAUCAUGACAAUUGCUUCCUUUCUCGCCGGAUCUCUACCGCUAUCGUUUUCUCUAUCUCAACGCCAACUUCGAUUGACUACGGCAAUCGGUACUGGUGUGCUCGUAGGAACAGCGCUCAUCGUUAUCAUACCGGAGGGUGUCGAGACGCUGUAUAGCGCUCGCGAAGUUGGCCAUGCUCACGCAGGUCGAUCCAUCUCUCUGACCAGCCGAAGUCCAGAAGAGCAAUUGGAUUCGCCGGACUAUAAUCUCUCGCAUCUUCCCGACAUACAUACCAGAAACACGGACUUGACUGGACCCGAUGACGGACGCCCCGAGGACGUACCUACCUCUCCGAAAGAACCCGACCACAAAACAGGAGGUCAUCAAGAGGAGGAACACGAUGACUGGGAACCUCAUGCAUGGAUCGGAGUCUCUUUAGUCAUGGGCUUCGUCUUAAUGUACCUGAUUGAUCAACUGCCUCGCCAUGCAGCAGCUUCUUCGCAACCACAGAGAUUCCAUAUAGCGCUGGAUCGUUUCAAUCUCCACAGAUCUGCCAACCAGACGUCGGAAGCAGAAGACCCAGAUGGCGCACCACCAUCAGAUCCAAUGCAACAAUCACGUCCCUCUUCGACGACCGUCGGACUGGUCAUACACGCCGCAGCCGACGGUAUCGCUCUAGGAGCUUCCUCGACGGGCUCAUCACGAAGGCUGGGAUUCAUUGUUUUUAUAGCCUUGAUGAUUCAUAAGGCUCCUGCUGCUUUUGGUUUGACCUCAGCAUUACUCAAACAGGGACUUUCGAAGAGAAGAGCCCGAAACCAUCUCAUAGUGUUCAGUCUGGCUGCGCCAAUUGGCGCACUGAUGACAUGGGCCCUCGUCAACAUUUUCGAGGGGAGUAUUGGUCAGAGCGAGCAUGGAACCCGAUUUUUCACCGGCCUUCUGCUGUUAUUCUCAGGAGGCACGUUCUUAUAUGUUGCCAUGCAUGCUAUGCAAGACACGAAACAUGGACACGACAUGGGUAGUGCUACUCCCAACGGCUAUGGUGAUUCGAACGCGUACGAUGGAUAUCAGCCAGCGUCGAACAAACAAGAGAGUCCUGUGCUCAGUGACACGCUGGCAGUCGUAGGAUUCUAUCUUGACAGCAAAAUCUCACGAUUUCUGAUCAUGCGAAGUGUGUGUCUUUGGAAACCACUUAUUCCACGCACGUGAAUAUGCAUGUCGAUGGAUGCAAAUUCGCGUUCAGCACUCCGAUCGGAUUCGAGCAGUCAUCUGGGCUUCGUGUCAUGAGUUGGCUGGACGAUGGCAACGGCAUAGAUGGAGAGGCUGUAAUCGAUAGCGAAGUUUAGUCGCUGCAUGCGGGCCCGGUGGAUAGCAGU